GGAUAAAGUUAUCAAUAGAAAAAGAGGAUCAUACCUAACAGUAAGUAACGUAAGUUACCACCGGAAGAAGACAUUCUUUCAGUCCAAGAAGAAACGAAUAUGGGUGUCAUGGGCUGCCACCAAUCUCCAAAUUGCACGCCAAACCACGCGCUUACGCAUCAAUCACAGAAUUUAUGAUUUAAUCCCAAAACUUAAAGAUUAGAGAUUUAUUGAGCAAAAUUAUUUACACUGUUAGCCCCAGCCCUCCACAGUGUCCCAAAACCCUUUCUUUCUUUGCCUUCUUCACCUUCCCCCAUUCAUUUAUAGCGCAAAACGCCUGCUUGUUUGUCUUCAACUUUGUUUAUUGUUUUUUUUUUAAAAUUUCUCCCCUUUUAUUGCGGCAUUGAUUGUUGUUAUAAAUUCUUCCAAGUGAGAUUCGGGAAAGCCAAAACAUUCUGCCUCUUUGUUUUCUUCGAGAAUUCCCAAGUUUUCAAUUUCCCGGGAUUGAACUGUUUUAGUUGAGUUUUGGGGGAAGUUGGUGUGGAGUUUGGAGGCCUGAGAUGGUUUUCAUUGAGAAAUGAUUCUCCUUUUUCUCUUUGAUUCUUGGAUAUUUUGGCGAUUCAUGAGGUGGGCUCUGUGAGAAGAUUGAUUCCUUUGAGAGGCCUGUCAAAAUUUUGUGUGUUUCGGAGUUGGAAAUUGGCCCCUUGGUGCGUAGAUUAUCACAUCGUGGGUUGAUGGGCAUAUGGGUUUUGGAUUUGAGAUGAUUUCUUAAUCAUUCUUUAGUCCUGAGAUUUCUCUGCUUAGUGGGGAAUUUUAGGUUCGUGUACAGAGGCAGAGACUGUUAUAUUGGCAUUGUUACUGCCUGCUGUUUUCUGCUAUUGAGUUGUCUAUAACUAGCCCAGGGAGUGCCCUGAUUAAUUACUGAAUUGAAUUGAACCUUAGGAGUGGAAUUUGAGGAAGAAAUUUGUGAUUAUUCGCCAAAUUUGGCAGCAUGUCUGGUGGAACCCCUGUUGCGGGUGGUGGAUACAUGAGGCAAAGGCAUAGUCAAGGCUAUGCGUCAAGUAGUGAUGAUCUCGAGGAUGAUGCAUGUUCAAGAGCAGUUUUUUCCACCUCUACAUCUCCUAAACCUCGGACUUGGGUUGAAGUCGUGGAGAAUUUUCUUUGGAUUGCAUCUGCAGUUUUUAUAAUCUAUUAUGGUGACAGGCACUCCAAUUUUAUAUUCCUCUUGUGGCAUGACGAACGCAUUAGAAGGAUUCCGUUGUACAUGGGAAUGUUAGGUGUUGGUUUGAAUAUUCUCUUUUUCUUGUAUAUGAGUAUGUUAGCUUGGGGUGUCCGGAAAAACAAUGAAAAUUGGGAAAUUUCAAGUAUUGCUGCUUUGCCAGUUCUGACUGUCCUUGGGCUCACCUCUUUCUGCUUGUAAGAGAAUUUUGUACUUUGUUAUUUUGUCAUCCCUCUGUUACUUUCACUUGAAAUGCACAAACUCACUGUGAAUAUUUGUAUUCUUUGCAAAUCAGGUUCACUUUUGCAUUGUGGCCAAUCUGGAGUUUUUUGACUCUGCCGCUUGUGGUAGGUGCUUGUUUCUCAUCUUGGUUUUAAAGUUCAAAUUUGUCUUUUCUGACCAUAGGUUCUUUUUCAAUUUAAUGUAUGUAAAGGCUUGAAACGUGAAUUGUUACCAAUGUAUGCAUGUUUUGGGAUGAAGGGGGAAGAUUGAUUGUAAGAGUUGUGAAAAUUGCCUGAAAAUAUUUGAUCCCUCAGAAAGAAAUUCAGAUGGGAAUGAAAUCCGAGGAAAUGGUUUCUCAACUCCAACUAGUAUGCCUCUUGAUAUGCCUGUACUUUUGUAUUUGUUGUGCAGUUCACUCUCUUUAUGUCGGGAAUGGUGAUCUUGCCAUAUUUGGUUAUUGGAACAUUCAAGCCGCAACCUGAUGUGCUUCGUACAGAUUAAAUAUUUUUGGAUUCAGUUGGACAAAUUGCUGACUUUAUUGGGGAGGCACUGACAGAACCCUGGGGAUGACUGAUGAUGAUGGCAUUGAUUAGAAGAGAGAUUUGUUAUUAGCAUUCUCACUCUCCAUUCAUCCAAAGCAGAUGAUCGUGGAAGUAGUUAACUUAGUCAUUUCGGUCAAUUACAUGGAUGGAUAUUAGUGAUCGGACAUCAGUUAGUAGUUAUCUCUUGAUGGGCUGCCAGGCUGCCAGUGAUAGGGCCACAGAAACACAGAAAUGUAUUGAUUGAAUCAUGAUUUUUGGUACAGUUUGCUGUCUUCAAUUCUUUUUUCUGUAGUUAGGUCCGGUGCUUUCCAUCUAGUGAAGAUUCGAGUCGAGCUCUUUUUCAUUCUGAUGAGCUAAUUCAUAGAUUAAGUUUGACAUAGGUGAAAAUUGAAAUGUGGAGAGACAGAGGGAAUUUAGUCGAAAAUUGAUUCUUGUCUUUGAAAUGAUGUUUAUAGUUUAUACUUUUGUCCAAACUAGAGAAAUGUACCGGUCAUGUUUGGGUCCAUUUUUUUUUUUUCCCAAAAAUUCUUAGAUGAUUAGGUGAUUGUACUUUCAGGUCCCUUAAAUUUGUUUUCAUUUGAGCUUGGUUCUUACAUUAAUACAUUUUGCAAUUGUCAUGGUCCAUCAAUCAAUUGAAGGCUCUCUUCAGUUGCCCCUCUUUCUAAUCUCAAAAAAACUUCAAACAACGU